AUGCCUCAUGUAAUAAUUGCUUGCAGUGCUAGUGUAGCUGCAAUAAAAAUUCCAGAUAUUGUGUCACAACUUAUCAAUAAAAAUAUUGAUGUUACCUUAGUUGCUACAGAAGCAUCCAAGCAUUUUGUAGAUUUAGAGAAGAUAAAAAAUGAUUUCAAAAUUAAUGUAGUCACUAAUGAACACGAAUGGAGUGCAUGGAAAUAUAGAGGAGAUCCUGUGUUGCAUAUUGAUCUUUCAAAAAGUGCAGAUUUAUUAGUUCUUGCACCAUUAAGCGCUAAUACUUUGGCAAAAAUUAGCAAUGGUAUUUGUGAUAAUCUACUUACUUGUAUAGUAAGAGCUUGGAGUGUAUCAAAACCAGUUUUAUUUUGUCCAGCUAUGAACACUAACAUGUGGAAUCAUCCAAUUACUGAACGUCAAAUUAACACUUUAAUUUCUUGGGGCUAUUGUUUAAUACCUCCAAUUGUAAAAACCUUGAUGUGUGGUGAUCAUGGUAUUGGAGCAAUGGCUGAAGUAGAAUCUAUUGUUUUACAAAUUUUUAAGUCACUGAAUGUAGAUAGUUCUUAAUAUAUAUUUUAACUUAUUGUUAGUGAUACAUUUGUUAAAUAAAUAAAAAAUAAAUUUUUCAUAGCUUUGACAGUUUUA